CGCGGAUUGUCUCUUUAUCUGACUGGGGCAGGAAGGGGCGGUCGGAGUCGCAGUCGGCGGUGGAGAGGCCCCGGAGCGGUGGACGGGUGGCGGACCCCAGCGGCUCUCGGGCGCUUACAGCAUCCCGGGCCGGCCGCGGAGAGGGCAGCGUGAAGGCCGCUCUGCAGACGGCGUUCAGCAGGGUCGGGGCCCCACCACCCGCCGCGGAGCCGGGCGUGGGGAAAGAGUCCGCGAGUUCCUGGUGACACCCCGAAGGCGAGCUCCUGGGAGACAGGAGUGACUAUCCUGUCGGGUGUAGGAGGCGGCGGCGCCCCCAGUGGCCUGUUUCUUCCUCUCUGGAUACAUCCAUUUUUCUUGUUUGAAAAUCGUAAAAGAUGACAACAGCAGCUAGGCCAACUUUUGAACCUGCACGAGGUGGGAGAGGAAAAGGAGAAGGUGAUUUGAGCCAACUCUCAAAGCAGUAUUCAAGCCGAGACCUACCUUCUCAUACAAAGAUAAAAUACAGACAGACCACUCAGGAUGCCCCUGAGGAGGUUAGGAACCGUGACUUUAGGAGAGAGUUGGAAGAGAGAGAGAGAGCUGCUGCAAGAGAAAAAAAUAGAGAUCGCCCAAACCGAGAACAUACAACCUCCUCUUCAGUAUCAAAGAAGCCUCGGUUAGACCAGAUUCCCGCUGCCAACCUCGAUGCGGACGAUCCUCUAACAGAUGAGGAAGAUGAAGAUGAAGAUUUUGAAGAGGAGAGUGAUGAUGAUGAUACUGCAGCUCUUCUUGCAGAACUGGAAAAAAUUAAAAAAGAAAGAGCCGAAGAGCAGGCCAGAAAGGAACAAGAACAAAAAGCUGAAGAAGAGAGGAUUCGUAUGGAAAACAUUCUGAGUGGAAACCCUCUCCUUAACCUCACUGGCCCAUCCCAGCCUCAGGCCAACUUCAAAGUUAAAAGAAGGUGGGAUGAUGAUGUUGUUUUCAAGAACUGUGCAAAAGGUGUAGAUGAUCAGAAGAAAGACAAAAGAUUUGUAAAUGAUACGCUGCGAUCUGAAUUUCACAAAAAGUUCAUGGAGAAAUAUAUUAAAUAGUACAGUUUUAUGUGCUUAAUGAAAGCCUGUAAAAUGUAAACGAUCAUUCUGACUUUAUUUCAGUUAGUUUUUUUUUUCUCUUUCCCCUUACCUUAAUUGUGUAUAGGCUUCCCUAAUUUUAAGUUACAAAAUAUCUUUUCCUUUAUCAAUACCUUAUUUGAUAAGGACUUGGGAAUUGGUAUAACCCAGCUUCCAUUCUCUGAAUGUUUCCAGUAAUAUGUUUUCUUUUCAAUAUGGGAAAGGGAAUCUGCUUGUAAUAAAUAUUUUUAAUAAUCUAAAUAACGUAUCUAUGUCCCCAACUUUCUUGUUGAAAUGUAUGCAGCUUAUAAAACAUGGCAUAUUUUCUUUUGUAUAUUGUAUUUCUUUGUGCACUAAUUUUUUCCCCUCAUUUCUCUACAUUCUUCUAAGUUCAGUUAAUUCAUGAUAUCUAAUCUGUGUUUUUUAAGAGUAUGAGGAAAGAUUAAAGGGAUUCUGUUUUGGACUGCAUGUUGGUAUGGAGGAGUGUCAUCAAUCAGGAAGCACCUAAGAGUGUCAGAGGAGCAUAGGGUAGCUCUCCCUUCUGCAGGCACUGCUUCCCUUCUCUUGGCCCAAGACAAGGGCUCCUUCAGCAUGUCUAGAAGCAUGAGGCACUCACUGUGUUCUGGAUAUUCAGCUGCCAUCUGUCUGUUGAAUGAAAUAGUUUGCACACUGACACACAUUAGUUGCAAAGCCUAGGAAAGUUUAACAUCAAACAGCACAUGAAAUAAAACCUUUGCAAAUAGGAUUUUGUUUGUUUGUUAUCUUGGAGGAUAUGUCUUUGGUAAGCGUGAGUGUCUGCACAGCUGGGAAAUGAAGCUUUCCUAAACCUGGACUAUGAUUUUAAGGAUGUCACUUUGAUAGAAAAUUUGGGACCAGAAAUUGAGCCCUCUACAGAUAGAGACCCAUUCAUAGGAUUCCUCAGCUGUGAAUGAUCUUGAGCUUGGUAAAAUUAAAGAUUAAACUUUUAAAGCAAAAAUAA